UUGUGUAAAAAAAAAAAAAAACAAAAAAACACAACAAAAAAAAAAAAAAACAAAUCAAAACAAAACAAAAUAAACAAAACAAAGGGAUUCAAAAAAUGACUCAGGGAGGAGUAACCCUAGAGGAGCUGAAGAAGAAAAUGGCUGACUUUGCAAGGGAAAGAGACUGGGAUCAGUUUCAUAGCCCUAGAAAUCUACUUUUGGCUCUGGUGGGUGAAGUAGGAGAGCUCUCAGAGAUAUUUCAGUGGAAAGGUGAGGUUCCAAGAGGAUUGCCUGAAUGGAAGGAUGAAGAGAAGCAACAUGUGGGGGAAGAACUUUCAGACGUCUUGCUCUACCUUGUUAGGCUCUCUGACAUUUGUGGGAUUGAUCUUGGUAAAGCUGCCCUUCGGAAGCUAGAGCUUAAUGCUAUUAAAUACCCAGUUAUACUUUCCAAAGGUUCCUCCAAAAAGCACACGCAAAUCAAUGGAGACAACAACAGCGAUGGUGGUCUUCUUGCAAGCACCAAGAACAACAACAGCAGCUGCAGCUGCAGCAGUAGCACAAGCAGUGAUUGUGUUUGAUCUUCUCGGAUUAUGACCCUUUUGACCAUAAAAGCUUCCCUUCUUUUCUUACGGUUUUUUAGCUUUUUUUUUUAUUGUUUUUCUUUUUUGCUGUUUUAAUGAUUAAUCUCAUAUGUUUUGUCUUUUACUAGGCUUUGUGCUUUUGCUCUGCUAAAAGUAUUAAUGGUUCUUUGUGUACAGUCUUUUAUUUUCUCUCUCUUGAGAUCUGGAGGGGUUUAGGUGGGUGUUGUGUGAAAAAUGGGGUCAAUAGGGUCCCAGUAGCUUUCCGUGUGGUUUUUUGCAUGAGCACAAUUUGGGGUGGUGUGCCAGUGUUUUUGCCCUGUUUUUAUUAUCAGAGAUUUGGUUCAUGUGCCUUGUUAGCUAAGACAACUCUGGCGUAUCCUUCUGCCAUGCCAAGGCCAUUCCAGUGGAAUAUUGAAUGUUGUUUCUAUAAUAAUCAUUUUUACUUGGUUUUUGAA